UACAGGACAACGUAUGUAAUCUCUGAACUGUGCACCGGAAACCACUUCGUUCAGCUUUUCACAUACGCGUGUAGCAACUGAUAUCAUUUCUCUUCACUAGUUUGUAGUUUUCAUUUUGGCAUAGUUUUUCCGUCAGUUAAAAAAUGUCGAAAUCGGAAUUGAAAAUCAACCCCCUGUUCGCGCAGAAAUAUGAGAAAUACCGACAGAGAGAAGAAUUACAGAGGUUGAAGGACCGAUACGGGGACCAAGCUGAUGACGAUGUCUCUGAGACGUCUGAGUCCAGCUGUGAUGACAGUGAAGUGGAGCUCGACCCUGAAAUUGAAAGGGAUUUUUACAGAACAUUGUCACUGCUGAAGAAGAAAGACCCGAAGAUCUAUCAGAGAGAUACAAAGUUCUACUCAGAAGGUGCAUCGACCAGUGACGAGAAGCCUUCAACCUCAAAGAAAGCAGUAAAGCCCAUGUAUCUCAAGGACUAUGAACGUAAAGUCAUACUGGAAAACGAAGGCAAAUAUGAAGAUGAUGACGACAGCGAUGAUGAGGAUGCCACGAAGAGAAGAGAGAAGAGGGCAGCCUCUCCUAGUUACAUUCAAGAGCAGAAGGAGCUGAAAGAAAGCUUCCAGAAGUUCACCCAGGACAGCGAUGAUGAGGAUGAGGGCAGUGAAAGGGGCGGAGUAUCCCAGCUGCUGACCAGGAGGAUCAAAACACAGGAGGAGAAGGAUAAGGAAGAGGCAGACUAUGUGGAAUGGCUGAAAGGCCAGGCUGAGCUCGAGGGUCCGGAAGAGGUGCAGGACAUGAAGUACCUGAGGGACUACUGGAAUGACCCAGAGCUGGAUGAGAAAGAGCGCUUCCUGAGAGAUUAUGUCCUUAACAAGGGCUACCUAGAUGAUGACGACGACGACGACGAUGAACGGAUCCCAACCUACGAUGAAGUGGUCCAGGAUGAUGUGGAGGAUUCUGAAGAGGAAGGGGAAAGUUUCUUGGAGCGGCAGGAGGACUUUGAGAGAAGCUAUAACUUCCGCUUCGAAGAGCCUGACGCUCAGCAGAUCAAGACCUACCCCCGCAACAUCGCCACAUCAGUGCGCUCCAAAGAUGACCGCAGAAAACGAAAAAGGGAGGAAGUGAAAGAAAGGAAGCACAAGGAGAAAGAGCAGAAGCGGGAACAGCUGAAGCAGCUAAAGAACUUGAAGCGCAGCGAGAUCAUGGAGAAGCUGAAGAGGCUUCAGGAGCUGACUGGCAACGAGCAGCUUGCCUUCAGUCAGGUAGACCUGGAGGGAGACUUUGAUCCACAACAACACGACCAGCUCAUGCAGAAAUUCUUUGGAGAUGAAUACUACGGAGAAGAAGAAGAAGAAAAGCCUCAGUUUGAGGAUGAUGAACUUGAGGAGCACUGGAACUGGGACACAUGGACAGGAGAGGGACAAGAGGAUGACUAUGGUGAAGAUGAAGAAGACUACGAUGGAGAAAGAUACGAUACCUCAGGGCCACACUGCGAUGACGAAGACUUCAUUAUGGAUGCAGACUACGACCCCAACCAGCAGACUGCCACCAAGAAGAUGAAAAAGGAGAGGAAGAAGAUGAAGAAAGAGGAUAUACCACAAAUGGGCAAAAAGAGAAAGAAGUCUUACUUUGCAGAGGUCAUCACCAAAAACAAGCCUGUGUUUGACCCUCAGGAGAAAAGCUUUGAGCAGUAUUUGGAUGAGUACUAUAAGCUCGACUAUGAGGACAUAAUAGACGACCUCCCAUGCAGGUUUCGCUACCGGCAGGUCCUGUCCAAUAACUUUGGCCUGACCACUGAUGAGAUUUUAAAUGCUAAUGACAAAGACCUGAACCGAUGGUGCUCUCUGAGGAAGACAUGCAUGUUCAGGUCUGAAAAGGAAGAGAUGAGCGAUUUGAAAAACUAUAAAAUCAAGGCCCAGAAUGAAAGGAAGAAGAAAGAAAUCCUGAGCUCUGUAUAUUCUGAGGAAGAUAAAGAGUUAUCAGAGGCUAAAACCAAGUUAGGGAAGAAGAGAAGAAAUUGUCUGAAGAACCCUGAGAAGCAAGGCAGAGAAGCAGAGGACGGUGAUGCAGCCUCCGUUAUGGACUCUACAGACAAGACACUUGCCCAGGCUCUUAGAGAGGCAGGGAACGAUGUGGAAGAAGAGGAGGAAGAGAUUCUUGUACCCAAGAAAAAGAUGAAAUGGGAAGAGGAACCCCAGAUUACUGCUGACGAGGUGAAAAACAGGACUGAGAGGCCAAAAUGGUCCAAAAAGAAGCAUAAGCGUUCAGGUGGACGCCUCAUAUCAGCUGCCCUCAGGGUUAAAAUAGGCGGCCAGGAGUUCAGUAGACAGAGACUGAAAGCCUACGGUCUGAACCCCAAGAGACUGUACUUCAGACAGAUUGGCAGACAGAAACGAAAAGCACAGGAGAAGAAAGAGAAGCAGAAAAACAAGGAGUGAUAACAGCUUGCACUGAGCCACUAUCUUAGUACAAUCCAUUGAUUUUUAUGGUCUAAGAAUUAAAUUGAAUCAUGUUAACAUUUUUAGAUUUCAAUAAACAAAACAAAAAAUUUCCUGUAGUGUUUGCAAUUGAGUAUGCAAUUAGCUUCUCACCAAAAGCCCACAAAUUAUAGGGCCAGUAGGGAGUUGAACCCUUUUGCUGCAUUCAUAUGAUGUACAUUUAUAUUUCACAAACUGUAAUAAACAUGCCAUUAAACUUUAA